UUGACUAUUAAUUUGAUCACACCGAAGUCUACCACUUUUAAUCUUCGGUUUCCUUUUGCAGGCCUUCUUAAUUCCUUGAGCUACUUUCCUCUUUCUUCUCCAUCGUUUGUGUCAUGGAGUUGGUCUUUGAGAAAGAGGGUGAAAGAAAGAGGAGAAAGGUGGAUGAUGAAGAACACCCAGAAAGCAGACUGGAAAGCCUCCCUCGGGAAAUCAUCCUUGAUAUUCUUUCAGGGCUUCCCAUAUCAUCUUUGGUUCAGUUCAAGUCUGUAUGCAGAGCUUGGCGCAAGUUAGCAAGAGAUCCUGAUCUUGUUAACAUACAUAGCACACGAAUGGCUGAAAGCAAUCCAUGCCUCAUAUUCCACUGCGAUAAUCCCAUCAGAAACCAGCUCUACUUUGUAGAACUCCCUGCCUGCGACGACAAGAAGGAAAAGGUGAAAAUGUUUGAUGUGCCUUUUUGGGCUGCAAUGUCUGAGUUUGAUGUGGUAGGCUCAUGUAAUGGCUUACUAUGCUUAUCUGAUGCAUUAUAUAAUGAUGCACUAUACAUAUAUAACCCUUUUUCCAGGAAGUACCAAGAGCUGCCCAAGUCCAUGCAGUAUUUGCAUCAAGAACUGGUUUUUGGAUUCGGAUUUCAUCCCACAACCAUGGAAUACAAGGUGGUUAAGAUAAUCUAUUACAAAAAUUCCAAUCGGUGCUACCGGCGUACUUUCAGAAUCACUAACAUGAAUUCAGAGGUUCAAAUUUUCACUCUGGGUAGCUCAACCUGGAGAAGUGUGGGAAAGGCAGCUCACCACCUUCUUCAGGGGCCAUCACAGGUCCUAGUUAAUGGAAGACUCCAUUGGGUUACUUGGCCUCGAAGAUACAAAAGGCGCAGCAUCAUCUCGUUUGACUUAGCCGACGACCAAUUUCAGGAGGUCCCAACACCAGAUUGCUAUACUCUAAACAGGCGGAAGUAUCAUCUGGUGGUUCUGGGAGGUUGUCUUGCUGCUGCAGUUUUCAGCAACUUUGGGAAAUUGGAGAUAUGGGUGAUGAGAGAGUAUGGUGUGAAGGAGUCUUGGAUCAAGAAAUUCAACAUAGGAUCCUAUGUGCCUAGGGGAUUUGAGAGAAAUGUGAACCAAUCCUUCAAGAUUUCAAAGAUCAUUUCCAAAGGAAGAUUUGUUCGAGUUCUAUGCCUCUUGCAGAACGGUGAGAUCUUGUUGGAGUACAAGAGCAGAGCUCUGGUCUCCUAUGACCCAAAAAGUGGAAAGUUUAAAGACCUCAUGUUUCAGGGAAUACCAAAGUGGUUUCAAGCAGUUGUUCAUGUGGGUAGCCUCAGCUGGAUUGACACCAUCAUUGAUGCCUGAAGCCCUCCAAAAUGGUAAAGUGGGUGCUUCUUUCCCAGUGAUCAGUUUGCUUACUGAAUUCAAUCAUAUGUUUUCCUGUUUAUUUGCAUGUCUCAAAGGUCUGUGGUUGUGAACAUCUGCAUGUGCCAUCAGAUGCUCCACCAUUGUAAAACCUAGGCAUAAGUUACUGGAAAUUGAAAUGUCUUCCUUGUGCUUUUUAUGAA